UUGCGCAUAGACACCGGAUUCUAGCGCAAAACCAGAUCAUACGUUCAUUCGUUAAGUGUCGUUGGCGAUGAUAGGCGUUGCUAAUUGGAUCUUUCUGCGAAACAAUGAAGCUUUCAAUUAACAUUUCAGCGUUGUUAAUCCUUGUAUUAACGAUGACCGAGGGACGAUUCAUACAUCCACCGGAUUUCUACAAUCUGGAUAUAGGGAAUUUCCAGUUCUUCAAAAAACCUGGACAUCCCACCUGGUAUGGAGUGCGGCAGCUGCAGCCCAAGCUUUCGCUAACCGAGCAAGCCAAGGCCAUGUUUACCUAUUUCGGGAGGGUCCUGUUGGGACAUCCGCUGCAGCAAAAUACCUAUAAUAUACCCUUCGAUCCGGAGCGAGGACUUCGGUUGCGACAGGCGUAUCAGCGACAGUUUGGCUACCGAGGGGAAAAUCUGAUAGCCCUGAUAGGGAACGGACCCUCACCAAGGGAACUGCGACAUUACGGGGUAAUCGGUCGAGAUUUUGGACGACUUUGAGUGCGUUCUUUUGUGGAUAGAAGACUGAAUAAUUUAUGUGUUAUGUUAAGUAU